AAAAGGAAAAGAAAGAAACGACCACCAGGGAAUUACAGAUGCGAUUUUAAUGGUUGUGAAAAGGUUUUUUCAAGAGCUGAACAUUUAGCAAGACAUAAAUUAAACCAUAAUCCCACUGUUAUUUAUAAUUGUCCAUGGGAAAACUGUCUUAAAUCAUUUGUACGGAAGGAUUUAUUAGAAAGACAUGUUAAAAGACAUGAAAUUCGGUCUCAUCCAAUUCAUAAUCCAACAACAAAUCCUCAAGAUCCAGAAAAUUCAAACAAUGCAGCAAGUCCAUCAAAUUUGAUUAGUUGGUUAUUUGAUGAAAAUCAAGCAGAUAUGGGACAUUUAGAUACAGGACCAAAUUUCAGUGGUGGUAAUUUUUUCAAUCCAAAUGAUGAUCCAUUUGGAUUAUCUUCAAACUUACUUGAUGAUAUUUUACAGAUCCCACCAAAUUUCCCAAAUCCUGCUCAACAAACUUUGAUAACACCAGAAAUUAGACAAAUUUUAAUCAACCUAGUUCCAGCUAUUGCAAAUCAUGAAUAUUUUAAUCAUUUGGAAACAUUUUUGGAUCUUUAUUGGACUUGUUUCCAUGUUCAAUAUCCAAUUUUACAUAAACCUUCAUUUAAUACUUUUACUUGCCAUCCAAUAUUAUUACUGAGUAUGAUUAUGACAGGUGCAAGUUAUGCUAAAUGUGAACCAAAUAAUUUUUUCAAAAAUGAUAAAAAUCCAAGAGAAUUUGCAGAUUUAAUUGCAGAUCCUUUAAGAUUAAUUAUUUUCAGUUGUGAGGAGUUUCAUCCACCUUCUCAAGUUUAUAUCAUCCAAAGUUUAUUAUUAUUGGAGUGCUAUGAAAGAUUUGCUACAAAUAGAAAAUUACAUGAACGUGCCUUUUUACAUCAUGGUACCACAAUUCAAUUGUUAAGAAGAAGUCCAGGACUAGGUGGGAAUCCAUUAAAGAAUAAAACUGAAUAUAAUAGACGUCAUAAUGCCACUAUUUGGGAAAAAUGGAUUGAAUUUGAAAGUGUUAAAAGAGCUGCAUUGUUUGCAUUUUAUAUUGAUUCAACUCAUUCGAUGGUUUUCGGUUAUCAAUUGAUGUUAUUCUCAAAUCAUAUUCAACUAAAUUUACCUUGUGAUGAUGAUUUAUGGGAAAGUUAUUUAACACCAAAGGAAAUUCCUAAUAGGAAUGAUUCAAUGCCAUUUUUGGUGGGGUUAAAGAAAAUAUUGAAUAGAGAACAUGUCAAUACUGGUAUUUUUGGUAAGAAAAUAUUGUUAGCUGGAUUAUUAUCAAUCAUGUUUCAGAUGCAACAACGUGAUUUACAAGGGUCCAUUUUAGAAUUUGAACAAUUGAGAGAUACAUGGAAGGAUACUUUAAGUUUGGCAUUUGAUUAUUGGAAUUGUGAUAUUAUGAAAAGUUGUUGCAAUUCAGAAAGCAGUUAUUUAUUGAAGAAUGAAUCCUUAAAGACCCUGAGACCAUUUUCAUUAUCUCAAUCAGAUACAAGAUGCAAAUUACCAGUGUAUCAUAUGGCUCAAAUCACGCUAAGAAUUCAACAUUAUGAUUAUUAUAUCUUUGCAGGGGCACCAUGGAGAAUGAAUGUUCAAGCUGAAGCUUCAGAUUAUGAACUAGUUGGUAAAAAAGUUCGCGAAUGGGCAAAUUCACCAAAUGGGAGAGUUUCAGUUGUUUAUGCAUAUUUGUUCCUAUUUGAAAUGUUUUUAACUCCACAAGAUUCUGUUGAUCAAUUGAAUUUACCUUAUGAUUCAGACUCGGAUGCGGUUCUAAACAGAUUGAACGUCUUAGCACUGGUCACACUACUAACAUGGUCAUAUAACUUUGUAUUGAAGGGACCAGAAUCUACUCCAUUAAGUGGCUCAACAGAAUUGGUUUCAACAAAGAACUUGUACUCAAUUGAAGAUGGCUAUAACUACUUAAGAAGGGUUAGAAAUGAUUUAUCAAGAUUAACAGGAAGAAUGCUUCAUACAUUGAAACCGAUUGAUAGUGUCACUUUCCACAACACGGUUUUACAGUAUGCAUUUCAUUUAGAAUCUGUGGAGAAUAAGCAUUUUAUGACUGGAUUAUUGGGUAUGAUUUCCACAAGAUUUGAAGAGUGUUAUUGGGAAGUUGGUAAUGAAUUCUCCAGAUUGAUUGAGAAUUGUCGUCGUAGAAGCUUUGGAAGUGAUAAGGUACGCUGUGAUGAUAUGUAC